UGACAACGUAAAAAAAAAGUUGGCAUAAGUGGAAGUUAAAUCACGGAAAAGAUAUCUGUAGCUGGGUGAUCUCGCGCAACUGUGUAGUGAGGAGGAUCUCCAAGAAGGAAGCUGCUCAAGUAGUUUUUACAAGUUUUUUUUGUUCCCUGUGCUGUAGAGACAUGGAAUCAGCCAUCAAGACUGUGGUGACCACGUUUCUUGGUUCUGCCAGGGGGAAGGAUAACCUCGACAGCAAAUCCUUCAAGAAGAUGAUACAGCAACAGCUCGGUGGAAUCAUGGAGGAUACAAACAGCAACUCUGCCAUCAAAGAGAUGCAGCAGCAGCUGGAUGAGAACAAUGACGGAAAGGUCAGCUUCCAGGAAUACCUCACUCUGAUUGGCUACCUGGCCAACUCCCUCAGUCAGAGCAAGAGUGGAUCCAACGCAAAUGCAUCAUAGAGGCAGUAUUCUUCAGCGAUCUGCAAACUAUGAAAGCGAUCACCUCUUUUUUUUUUAUAAUUUUGAAACAUUUCACCCAAUAUGUAUGCUUUUAUUUUCCCAGCAGUUCAUAAUUGAGUGAUGCGUAAUGCUCUGAAUUACAUGUCAAUGUCUGUAUUCAUCAUCAUUACUAAGGAUCCAUUGAAGAACUCUGAGUUGGUCUUUUUUAUACAAUUUAAACAAAAGAUAUGUACAUUUGUUUUCAAAAUAAAAGCUUAAAAUUAAAA